AUGGCGGACGACGACUUUAGCAAGUUAUUACAGCAAGCAGAACAGCUAACUACAGAAAUUGAAGGGAAUGAGGAUCUGCCGAGGGUAGAGAGAUCUUUAGGACAAGUAUUAGAGGCGUCCCAGGAACUUUAUUCACGAGUAAUUCAGUCUGGCGCUAACGACAUUCAGGCGCACCUAUUGUUUGGCUCGAAAGGCAUUGAUCUUCAACAAAUAUCUCAGAAACUUGAGACUCUAAGCUCCAAGCGCACCUUUGAACCUUUGCAGCCUAUAGCUGACUCUGAUAUUGAGAGCUUCUUGAGAAAUGAAAAAGAAAAUGCAAUUUUAUCACUUAUUGAUGAAGUAAAUAAAAAUUCAUUACAAACAACUGAAGACCAGAAAUGGGAGCACAUGUUGUCUGAAUGGAAUCGAGAGAAAAUAAAACUGAUGAAUGCAAUGAUAGGUCCUUCACAGAAUUGGUUGGACCUUAAACGGACCCCUGAGCCUCCCAGCAUUAUGGAAGCACCAAAGAAGUUUGGACACACCAUGCUUGAUGACAUAGAGGCUGCAUAUGCUAGACAAGUGCACCAGUACAAUAAACUUGUCUUCCAGGGAUCAAAGUCUAGAACAGCUUUACAUCAAAAGUUUGCACAAGUUGCUGAAGAAUUCAACGAUCCUAAAGUAAAAGAAAUGUGGGAAAUCAUCAAGGUGAUGGCAAACAUUCCUGCUUUAGUUAGAGAUGAAGAUCCAUUGAAGGCUAGAGGAAACCCAACCAUUCAGCAAUGCCUUGUGGCACAAGGAAAGAAAUAUUUGGAAAAGAGAUACAAACAAUACAUGAGUGAUGUAGUUCGAGCAAACCCAGCGGCGGCGUUACGUGGUGGGGAACCUGGCACUUACCCACUAGUGCGCGGUUUUGUAGGCUUACGACUGCAGGGGCAGAAUGUCCAAGUGUUAUGUGACGGCGUUAUUGAUGACCGACCACUCUGGCCAAUGGUAUAUUAUUGUCUUCGAAGUGGUGAUGCUACUGCUGCUUUGCACUGUUUGAGAAAGGCUGGACAAGAUCAUAGCGAGUUUAUAGCAGCCUUAGAAGAAUAUAUAAGGAACCCAGAGAAGCCACUCAGUGAUAAACUCCAGACUGCCAUUAACUUUCAAUACAGAAUUCAAGUGCGUAACUCUACAGAUCCCUACAAACGAGCUGUAUAUUGUGUGAUAGGAUGCUGUGACUUGAGCGAAGAUCAUGGUGAAGUAGGGCGCACUGCUGAUGACUACCUGUGGCUCAAACUAUCAUCCAUCAAAUCGCGCACCAGCAAUGAUUCAGAAACUUUCUCAUAUUCAGACUUGCAGAAAAUGAUUUUAGAAGAAUAUGGAGAAACACAUUUUAAGGCAUACGAAAAACCUGUAGUAUACUUUCAAGUGUUAGCUUUGACUGGUCAAUUUGAACCAGCAAUAGAGUUUUUGUCGAGAAUACCCAGAUUUCAGGUUCAUGGUGUUCAUAUGGCCUUAGCACUUCAUGAUGUAUACAUGUUGGGUACACCUCGUAAUGUUCAAGCUCCACUUUUGUCUGUGGAUACCGAUGAUCCGUCCCCACUUAGACGACUAAACUUAGCACGAUUACUAUUUCUUUAUGUCAGAAAAUUCGAACUGACGGACCCAUCUGAUGCUUUACAUUAUUAUUUCUUUUUACGAAAUCUGAAAGAUCCCAGCGGUAAAAACUUAUUUAUGUGUUGCUGUACAGACCUAGCGCUAGAAAGUCGCGAUUAUGAACUUUUGUUUGGUCGGAUGGAUGGCCUUACGGGGCUUCGCAGCCCUGGCCUAUUGGAUCAAUUUAAUAAUCCUCACAUUGAGAGUAAAGUCAUAGCUCUGAAUGUAGCAGAGCAGUUAGUAACCAAAGGCUUAUUUGAAGAUGCUAUUACAAUGUAUGAUAUAGCUGGUAACAUGGAAAAAGUACUCGAAUUAUUCUGCGUAUUGUUAGCACAAGUUGUGAACAGUGGUGGUGGUGCAGACGGCCUUCGCCAAAGAUUAUCACAACUUGCUGAACACGUAUCUAGAAGAUUGAGGUCAUCUGAAUCGCUCGCCUUGCCAGCAGCUUUGGUAGAAGCCUACACUAAGUUGUGUAAACUGAUGACAUUCUUUGAUCAGUUUCACAGUGAAAACUAUGAGGGAGCCCUCGAAACUCUUCGUGAAUGUGAAUUAGUGCCACUGAAUGCGAGUGAGUUGGACGCUCGUGUGUCGGGAGCGCGCUCGGCUCGUGGGGAGCUCCUACGAAGUUUGCCGGCCGUGUUGCGAGCGCUUUGCACCAUACUGUUGGCUCAGCGCCAGCGGCUACGCGCCGCAGCACAGUCACAGCCACUGGCAGCACAAAACAAUAAGCAAGUGGAGUGGCUUCGUGAACAAGCAGAAGUACUGAAUACAUUUGCAGGUAACAUCGCCUACAGGAUGCCUGGAGAUACUUACAGUCAGUUAGCUCAAAUGCAAAUAUUAAUGCAUUAG